AUGAGUGCACGAACGGGGCGCCGCAGUGCAUCGCCAGCUCGCGAUGGAGGCGAGGAGCCGCCGAAGGAAUCCAAAUCCCUUCGCACCAUCUUCCAGCGCAAAAGCCCAGAGGAAAUUGCCCAGCGUCGAUCCAUGCUAGCAGACCUCGUUCGCCAGACCAGCGAGCUGGAAGAGGGCAGGCCCUGGUCCGGGCCCACGGCUGCCCCGGCACUGGAACGAGGUAGCGAAAAAUCUUCGCCUGCAAUAGCGAGACGUGUCACUGCUGACGGGCCGCUGCGCUUUGCAUCGCAUUUUGAGUGUGGGAACCUGCUCUCGGCCAAGCUGGUCUUGAGUGUACCUCCGAAGGGUGGCCUUGGUCCCAUCCCCGGAGCAGCUGCGGGUGCGGACCUGGAGUACGAGCUUCUCGUGGACGCGGACACCCAGAGCGCCCAAGGGCACACGCAGUGGUUCUACUUCUCCGUCAGGAAUGGCGGCUUCUGCGGCACGGUCCAGUUCCGUAUCGUGAACCUGCGCAAGAAGAAGUCUCUCUACCAGCAGGGAUUGCAGCCCUUCGUGUUCUCCACCCGGAAGAAGCAGCGUGGCUGGGAGCCUUUCGUGUGCCAGGCGGUGAGCUAUUCCCCGAGUGCCAAGCGAGGGGACAAGGAGGGGCUGCGCGGGGAUUUCCAUACCCUGCAAUGGUCGUAUCGAAUUGAGCGCAAGGAGGACGAGCUUUUCUUUGCGGCCUACCCACCUUACACUUACAGCAUGAUGCAGAGCUUCCUGUCUUGUCUGGAGCAAGAGCCUGCUGCCAGGGCUCACUUCGUGCGUGCCGAGCUUUGCCGCUCCAUCGGCCAGCUCCCCGUGCCAGUGCUGGCCAUCAGCCAGGGCUUGCGGAUGGAGGAUGCCGAGGGAUGUGAUGAGUCCAGAGCUAAAGCCAAGUAUGCCAUUGUGAUCACAGCUCGCCAGCACCCGGGCGAGGUGGUCGGGUCCUGGGCCGUGCAGGGCCUGCUUCGCUUCCUGCUGGGGCCCACGCCUGCCGCAUGUCGUCUGCGUGAAGUCUACCUUUUCCAUGUCAUACCUAUGGUCAAUGUGGAUGGUGUGGUGCACGGGAACUCUCGCUGCACCCUGGCUGGUGUCGAUCCCAACCGAGUUUGGCACGAUCCGAACCCAAUCCUCCACCCUGUGAUUUUCGCGCUGAAAAACCACCUGCGCAGCCUCUCCCAGGGCUUGCAGCCGGCAGCCACUCACCACAUAGGCGGCUCGUCCAGCUCCAGCUCUUCCUCUGUGAGGGGUCUGGAGAUGUUCCUUGACCUCCACGGCCACUCUGCCAAGUUUGGUUGUUUCUUCUAUGGUUCCAACCCGACGGCACACAUCUCCAACGCAGUCUUCCCGAAGAUGUGUUCGGCGAUCUCCACGGACCUCAGCUUCGAGCAGUGCCACUGGAGAUGCACACGCUCCCACCGGAAGACCGCACGCUAUGUUGUCUAUAAGCAGUUCGGCGUCAAGUACACCUACACAAUCGAGUGCUCGCUAUUUGCUCCGGUGGACACAGGUGCUGAGGGCUCAGAGGGCCACUUCACGCCUUCACGCGUGGAAUUUGUCGGUUGUGCGGUGGGCUGUGGCCUGGCGCUUUUCUUCAACGUGGACCUCUGCUCCGUGGCCCAAGCCUGCCCGAGAAGUUUACGGCCCGACACUCCAAGUCCAAGCCUUCCAGAAGCCCUUGAGCAGGGAGGCCUGCCGGGUUCACGGCCUGUGCCUCCUGGCAGUGCGGAAGCAGAAGCACAAGAGGAGGCCUGCAUUUGCGAGGGCCUGUUGCUGGACCUUUCCUGUCCGCGUGUGCUGCACGCCAGGCCGUGGUUCCAGACAGAGGUCCUGGACACAAUCACUGCGGCAGAGGUGCUGGAAGGCUUGAUAGCAAGCUAUGGCGAAGUGGUGCCUGACCUGGCGCGGCUGACUCGGGACGGCAGUGAUGAUGGAGGGGACAGUGACGGGGACGAUGCUGAUGAGGAGGAGCGUGUGCGCACCAAGGAUGCCACCGUCUCUGCUGCAGUAGCUUCCCCGACGUCUGGAGCACGGCGCAAGGUGCCCUGCAAGGACUCGCCACAGGCAGUGGCUCCAAAGCGAGCCAACGGAAAGCCUGUGCAUGCAGGCAAAGAGGAAGACCGCGAAGCAGAGAAACCGCCGGAGUCAGGUGAGGAGCUCGCAGCUCCUGCGGGUCUCGCAGGACGGGGCGUCUCCAGCAGCCCAACGCCACAGAGCCCAUCUGGCCGAUCUCGACCACGUGCACCGCAUCGUGCUCGCUCCGUGGAUCCCCGGGACUCUCGGCUGGAGGCCCCAGCAAGGUUUGAUCCUCUGACGGUGGUGCGACUUAGCCCUGAGUUGUCUUCUGGCAUCGAGAUGCGGUCCUCGCCAACUCGAGGCGCCGCUUACUGGGUCGAGGAUGAGGAGGCACGGCCGAGGCCAGCACGUCGCUCGGAAGAUCCUCAAGGUGUCACAGCACAGGGUCACCUGGCCGUACUGUCUGCACAAGCUGCUGAAGGGAGCGCACCUCGGGGCCUUUGCGUGACCGGAGGUGGCGCCGCGUGUGCCUCAACCGAUGCCGCAUCGACAUGGCGCACGCCGGGUCUUGGAGGUCACCGGCGGCUUUCUGGUCAGGCAGUCGCAGAGCGAUCAUGA